GAUAAACAAAAUAUUGUUCUUCAAAUUUGCAAGAAAAUUUUAUCUUCUAUUCAAUCGGAAAAAAAUCGUGCUGAAUUAUAUUAUGAUAGAAAUUCUUUAACUCAUGAAAAUAUUAUUAAUUAUCAUGAUAUAAAAAAUUUUAUUGAUCUUGAAUUUAAAGAUUUAAUUAAUUCUAAUAAAUUAUUUUAUGAAAAAUAUGUUGGAACUACUAAUAGACCAAAUAAAUUAAUUUUUUAUUGGUCUAAUAAUUUAGAUGAUUUAUUUGGAAAAUUCUUUCUUUUAUCUUCAAAAUGGUAUUUACCUUUCACUCAAUAUUUACGUAUUAGGCAUAAUAAUCAAAUCAAAAAGUGGUCUAUUUAUAAAGAUGUUAGUAUACAAGAACAUCGUUUAAAAUCUCAACUUAUUCAAAAUUUAUCAAAUUAUCUUCCAGGUUUUAAAUAUCUUUUCACUUUUGAAUGGAAUUAUGUUCUUAACAAACCUAAUUUUGGUCAAGGUGAUUUUAUUUUUGCUUCGGAUUCCGGUGUUUUUUGUGUUGUUGAAGUUAAACAUAUAAAAACUAUUCCUGGUUCAACUGCAAGAAAAGCUAGAACUUUGGCUAGAAAAGUUGUUGGUUUACAAGCUUUAAAGUAUAAAAUGUUGGCUUUAAAAAAAUUUGAAAAUCAACAAAUUACUGUUAUUAGUGCUAUUUUUAUUAAUGGUUUAAAUUGGAAUAUGAAUGAAAAUGAUGUUCAUCUUAUUUUUGUUAAUGAUAUUGAUAAAAAAAUUGCUCAAGUUAUUGGUAAAAAAUUUAAAAAAGAUUUAAAAAAAUUAAAUUCAG